GCUUGAUCUACAAAGCGUUGGUUUUGCUCACUCCGUAGCAUAAUACCUCAUAAUAGUCACUUUUGUCACUCAAGCGUAUUGAGACCGAGAAUGUUUUACAAGAGCGGAGAUCCGGAACGGGCCGUUACCCACCAUCCUGGGCCAUAGCUGAGAACCUCAAAGCAUCCGGCUUCUGGAAGCUCAAAAGAGCUUCUAAAACACUGCACAAACAUGUGUCUCCGAAAAUGCGUCAUAAUUCCACCUCAAUCCCUCCGAACCCGAGCCUUGUAGCUAUCCUUCUCGUCACACGUUCGCGAACGGGCCCUCGCCUCGUCUUCCACUAUCCCGCCAUCCCCACUGCGAACACGUAUAGCACCAAGCGAGAUCCAAGUUGGUAUGGCACGCCGGGCACUGCAACUGAAGAUAGCGCCGCUAGCUCUGAUGACUGGGACUCAUCUUCCUCUGAGAGCACAGCUGCGGGAGACAGUGGCGAUGAUGACGACACCAGCUCGCGUGCAGGAAGUGGAACAGGCAGUCGCGGAAGCAAAGUGAGGAGCGGAAAGACAAAAUCGACAAGAGAUGGUUUAAGCGGCCAUGAGGUUGAUGAAGAGACUAUUGAGAGCAAUGAGCGUGGUGAUGGUGAUGGCAAUGCGAAGGAUGAUUUAAAAAAGAAGGAACAGUACGAGAUUGAGUGGGAGCGCCUGCUGGGCUUUUCGGCGGAUGGAUUGAGUCACCUCCUAAGCCCUUCCAAAGCCUUCAACAAAAGGAAAUUCGAGGUUGGGAUAGAGCAGUAUGUUUUCUUGGGCGCUCCAAUGUUUCAGCGUGAUGAUGGCUAUUGGAAGAAGCGCAAACGACACCGAAAGAAAGAAAGUGUGGACGUUACGAAUAGUCCACGCUCGACUGAGGUCGACAAAAGCGACCACAAAGACAUGCCUGGCGACGUUUCCAAUUUCGAACCCAAGUUAUCCACGUCAACGGAUGCGGAUCUCUUUCGGGUACCUGGCUUCGAUGCAGCUUAUGGCCACGGUUUGGUCUCCGGGGCAGCAUCUGAAUUCGAAUCAGAUACUAGGAGCACAUCAACAGCAGCAGAUGAAAGAGAAAUGAUCAUGUUCAAUAUCGUGUUUGUUAUGAACCCUUUGCCACAAGAACAUCAUCUGCGCAUCGACGAGAUGUACGAUUUCGUUGUCAAACGUUUUGCAAAGGUGUUGAAGGUUGAACAAGCCCAGAGCAAUUACGUUGCUGCAGAAUCGCGCGUGAUCAACGCAAUGAAAGAGAAGGGACGAGAAAACAAGGCUCCGAUCGCGACGCUGUGGCCGAAUAUUAUUGCUACCUCGUCGUUAGCAAGGUCAAUAUCCAUAAUAUUUGACACCAUAUCUGCGAACAAGAUUGCACAUAUCGAACUCAACGGCUUUGAUAUGUCCUUCCAAAUACCGCAAGCCAUUUCAACACCUUUUGCACCCACAGCAACUGAGCCACAAAUGCCAGGUCUUUGGUUGACCACAGCCACGCUGAUGGAUGAUGAGGAUCUCGAAUCCAGCUUGAGCCCUCAUGCUGCACUCCUUCUCCUCGAAGAUGAAGACACACUACUCAAGGAAGUAAUGAGCGACGGCAAGGAAUUGGGCGGCCCACUUUCGUUCUUCAUCCGUAAUUUAACACCCACUAAAUCACUGCUAAAGCUCUCGCAGCGUCACUCAAUGCCCCUCAAAGAUGUCCAGUUCCUAGCUCGGCACCUCAUCUACUGGCGACGUGCAAGAGCCAUACCUCCAUUACACUAUAGAGAUACCUAUGUAGUUUCUCCUAAUGCCGAUAUGCGAGCUCUCGCAGCUGCAGUACCAGCUUUCGCGGCGAGAUUCCCAACGUUACCUCCGCUCAUUAAAAUUUUGCAACUACUGUCUGGACCACCAAAGCAGUAUAGAAUGCUCAUGCCCAGUCCCGAUCACAGAACUGCUUAUAUGGAAAUCUUGGCUUGGCUCAUGCGAGGAGGUUGGGUUACUCAGCUGCGAACUUUUGCAUGGAUUCGUGUCUCGAGAGAGGUGAAAGCUGCAGUUGCUGCGAAGCAGAACCGAGAGUUCAGGAAUUCUAUUGUGACUAACCCUGUCAUUGAGAGUUUAUCGGAUGAAGGCAGAGACCACACGCACGCAAGAGAGAAUUCGCAGACAUCAAGCAUGUACUAUCCACAGAUACAACGGUCACCAGAAGGCCGUUCAGCUGCAGAAGCGGGGAAUUCGCAUACCUCGCCUCUUUUGUCGCCAUUCAGAUAUCCAGCCGGGCCACCCUCGGAUGCUGGAAGCACCAGUAGCUCUCGAACAGCUAUGCAAUCAAACGUUUCCGCAUUGUCACCUAUUCCACGGCCUGAAAGUCGCACGUUUCAUCGCCCAUCGCCGUUACAUAUUAAUCAAUCCGCCUCUCCGAGUUCAGCGGAAGAUACCCCCACGUCACCGGUGACCGCCCAUCGCGCAACCUCAUCACGUGGCGACGGUGAAAACAUGCAUACACUCGAAUCGGCAAUUACAAAGUCGGAAGAUCCUAAAGAUUAUGAGCCCAGUCUUGUUCAUUCACCUCAACGAGCAACGAACGAAGAGAGUGCGUGGAUUGAAUACAUCGGGGCGCAGGUUGCCGAGCUUUUCAAAAAUGAUUCCGCUACAGUGAACGGUGCAAGCCAGGAGCCAGGACCAGAACCUAAAGAUCUGUGGCCACAAUUGUUAAAGUAUUUCGACGGGCGAUACGCCUUGGAGGAAAUAAGUGCGAGAGAGGGUUUCAAGAAGAAAAAAGUGCGAGAGUUUUUGGGGCGUCUUGUCAGAGAAGGAAUAUUAAUUACUGUCAGGCAUUGGUAAAUGCUAAUGAUAUGACACAAAAUACCUAAUUGUUUAGAUUAGUUCUUCCAAUCUCUCCACAUAUUAAAUAUUGCGCAUGGUUCCUACGAAAUGAG